AAUUUGUGGGGAUGCGCCUGAACGACUGAAGUGUUCUCAAGUUGACUUUACUUCGGGUCAAGACGUUAUCAAAUAAUAUUCAGUACAAGUUUAGAAAUCAUGUUAUUGCGCUCGUUCGCUCCAUUGAAUUAAUACUCUAAAAGUAACUUUGAGGCUUCUACGUGAAAUUAGGCUUUUUCUGUGGGUUCCAGAAUACGUGUAAGUCGUGCAAGUGAUUAUCUGAGAGGAACAUGAAGUGAUGUUGAUUUACAAAAGUUUGUCGAAACAGUUGUACGUCUGAGGAAGUCUGUAAAGUCGUAUUCAAUUUCUUCAAAUGCGAUUUUUUCUCGAAGAGUGAAUUGGUGAAAAAGAAUGUUUUCUCGUUGUUGAGAAUUUAUGUGCUUUUGCCUGAUAUUUCAGUAAUACCUCAUUCCUAUUCUUCUCGCUCGGAGAGAUUUAUACGACGUAUUUUUCAAGAGGCAAUUCAUUGCAAGAGGCAAUGUGAAAUCUGAUUUUUAGACUCCAUCUUAGGUCACUGUGAGUGAGCCUUAUUCUCACGAUUGGAAUACCUUCUCUAGACGAGAGAACUGCCAUGGAAUUUUCUAUAUUGACAAGGAUAAUAUUCCCUUUGGCUGCAGUUCUUGGAAUCUUCCACUGUGGUGAUGCUGUCAGGAUUAUUAGUCCCAAGGAGAGAGAAGCUAUGGAGAACAUCCAGAAGCAGUACUUUGUGCACGAAAGUCACUUCAAUGGAACGUAUCUGGAAUUUAUACCGAAUGCGCUGCGUUUUGAUCUUGCGGCGGUUCUGUCGUUUGAACUGCGAUUGAAAGCAAUCGACGCAGAAGGACUGAAGAAGAUUCAGCAGCAAGCUAUCGGCGAGGAUAAUCUUAAUACCAUGAUUCUGAACAGGAAUCUCACGAAUUUGAGAGGACGCACCCCCUUUGAUGCAGCAUUGACUACACUGGAUUUAUCGGGAAAUCAGAUCCAGCAAAUAGAUGCGGAUGCAUUUAGUGGAUUAGAGAAGCUGGUGCGUCUGCAUCUCGAGGAGAAUCACAUUUCACACCUGGCAGACGGUGUUUUCACUCCCACCUGCAAUCUGAAACACCUGCGACUGCAAAGUAAUAAUAUAGACAAAGUGGAGGCUAUGUGGUUUCCGGUGAAUUCCAGCGUGGAGGAGUUAUUUCUCAGCCACAAUCGUAUUUCCCAUUUAUGUGAAAGAUGCUUCGAGAACUUGUCAAACUUGAAUAACUUGCACCUGGCAGAGAAUCAUCUGCAGACACUCCACGAGGAAAGUUUCAGGGGUUUAACAUCACUCAAGUAUUUGAUCUUGAGGCGGAAUAUCAUUGAGAGUCUCCCACUUGAUGUCUUCAGGGGACUCACGCAACUCACUCACCUAGAGUUGCAAGGGAAUCUUAUUGAGACUAUUGAUCCGAGGACUUUCAGGACGAACGACAAGCUCUCAGGAUUGAUUCUUAGUAAUAAUAGACUCACAUGUCUUCAUCCAGAUACUCUGCAGCAUCUCAGAGCCCUUCAAAACGUUGACCUCAAUGAGAAUCGACUUGUUGAAUACAAUUUCGGCAGCAUUCACACGCAGACUAUCAGACUCACAGACAAUCACCUGCGAGAGUUGCAAUUUAAUCCCAAUACAACACACAUCAAGGCCGAAAACAAUCAAAUUGAGAGAAUCCUGGUGCCCAUCUCCUUUCAGCUUUUCGAUUUGCAAGUCGGUGGCAAUAAAAUCCGAGAUUUAAGCAACAUCACCACCAUCUCUACCCUCCAGGCCCUCUAUCUCUCCCGGAAUGGGAUUACCAGUCUCCCGGAAGAUUUUCGCAAGCUCACGCGACUCACGUUUCUGGAUUUGUCAUACAAUAACCUGACAAAUUUAUCCUUUGGCUCUUGGCGGAGGAAUUUCACGAUGGCUUCGUUGAACGAAUUGAGGAUAAAUGGCAACGAUUUCUCACAUCUCCAGUUGGAUUUUCUGGAUUUCUUUCCAAACCUCCAAUUCCUGUAUAUAUGUGAAAAUCCUUGGAAUGACACUUUCCUGAGGGAAUUUAUCACCCAAUGCAGUAGUCGAAAUAUCUCAUUGAUUGACUCUAAUUGUUCAUAUUAAAAGUUUUCCAGUG